ACCGAAAUUGAAAACAUACCCGGACGGCGGGAAGAUGCCUCCUAAACCACCUGCUAAGGGAAAGAAGAGUGCAAAACUCUCAAAAGCAGAGAAGGAGAAGUUGAAGAAAGAAGAAGCAGAGAGGAAAGCCAGAGAAGAGGAGGAGGCACGGCUUCAAGCUGAACAAGAACAAAGAGAACGAGAAGAAAGAGAAAGACAAGAAAGAGAGGAAAGAGAAAGACUAAGACAACAGGAGAGUGCAAGACACCAGGCAGAAGUGGAUGAACUCAAAGAGAAGAUUGAAAACAAUUCGCAACAGUUGAAAAGCUUACAAGAAAAUGAGCGUGCAAAGGCAAAGUGGGAGAGGUACAUGCUGUGUGAUGGAAACCCUGAUCCUCUGAAUACCCGUGAUCUGAAUACUUUUGUGAACCUGUGGAGAGAUGACAAAGAAUACAAACCCUUUCCAGUUGUACUCAGUGAGGGUGAAAACACUUUAAAGCUUAUAGAGGAACUUGAGGGUUUUCUAUCAAAUUCAGAAGAUGAGGGUUUUACAGAGGAUGAUGUUCAAAGGCUUAAACAGUCAGUGAUUAAACUUCAAGAAUUGAUAAGCUAUAAGUUGGAUGAGGCAACCAUGAAUCUUCUGCAGAAUGCUUCUGAUGAUGUAGAUCCUGAUACUCAAAAUUUACAGUAUAUGAGUGCAUCAGAAAACAUAACGGUUUGUGUCUGGGGAAACAUAGCCAAGAAUCCAAGAGUGAAGUCAUUUUCAUUUGAGAAAAUGGGAUUUACAAUGGAUAUUCCAAGAGUUAUUUCCAUUGGCAGUAUGGCUGUUCGUGUCAUGUACACUAAGUAUGAUCAUCUAUCACCGUUGUCCAAAUCUUUCCAUCCAAAGCUAAAGGUUAAGCCUCCAGAAGUUGUCGUAGAUGAGGUUGUUCCUGCAGAAGAAGCUGAUGGAGAAGGGGCAGGUGAAGGGAAUGAAGGAGCAGAUAAGGAAGGAGUAGAUGACACACUUGAGGCCAUGCCACCUAAAUCUGCAUCACAAGCGAGCCGAUCUAGUAAAGCAAGUAGGAAAAAGAGUGGAAGAGCCAGUAGUGGUAAAAGCAGUCGAAGUCGUAAAGCUAGUGCAAAGAGUGUAAGAAGUCAGGUCAGUGAAAAUGAGACUCAGCAGGACAAAGAGGGUGAAACUAAAGAGGGAGAGCAAGAUGGUGAAGGAGGGGAAGAAAAUCGUGCAUCUACUGAUCAAACAUUGGAUGAGGCUGCUGGGGCAGGUUUGGAAGGUGGAAUAGAGGAAGAAGAGGAAGAAGAUGAUGAUGUUGUAGACCUAAGAGCAUUCAGUGCCAUUGGCCCUGUCAUGAUUAUUGAACUGUUAGAUCUUCCACCACAGCCAAAACUUGCGAAUGGGUGGAUUAUGCAGCAGAUUGUAUCAUCAGAACUCAAAAGAGUCAAUUAUCAAGUUGAAGGGCAGACUCCAGCAGAUACAAACUCGACAACAAGUACCCCUGCUCCACCAAACUCUGCAUCGGCCACACAGCUGCAAGCAACCAACCCUCCAGUGAUGAUCACCUGCAAGCUUCCAGGAGAUGUUAUGUAUUUUGAGCAACCUCAGCUGGCACUGUGGGACUCCAUGAAGAACAACUGGAGGCUUGAUGCAUUUGCAGACUCCCAAUAUAAUGAAGAGGAAAGAACAGUCGUAUUCAAGAUGUCUACCUUUGGGCCCAUUGCUACUUUUCAGGAUCUUUAUCUGAACAUGCCAUUUCAGUCAUGGGAGCUACGUCCUCAUGCCACAAACAGUUGCCUGUUUACACUCAUUGCUGCCAUCAUUGAACUGGAAAUUGAAAUUAAGGAUUCUUUGUGUUCACUGACACAGCCAAAUGAUGUCUCAGAGCUUUCUCAUUUGAAGGGAAAGUGGAUGAAGCCACAUAAGUUGAUUGAGGCCAUGCAAAAGGCAGGAGUGAAUGUCUUUCCUGCGGUUGAUGCAGAGAAGUAUGUCAGCUUAAAUUCCAAGGAGGAUUGGCUGGAGAACAACAUUUACCAGGAAAUGGCAUUGACAGCAUCAGCAUUUGCUUAUACAUGGAGUAAAUGGAAUGCUGAUUGUGGCAAAGAUAAAAUUAUCAUACAAGCUGUUGAGCAGCUGGAAGAUGAACAGCCUCUAGAGGAGGAUUGGUCAUUGUUUAACAUAGGGACACAUAGCUCCUGUAAGCUAAGGAUGAAAGAGGAAGAUAGUGAGCUUUCUCAUGACAUUGCUGAAAAUACUCAGCUUCAUUCUGAUCUUUACCAUAUGGUGCUGGAUGGAGCUUCAGAAGAGGCACAACAGAGGGUGAAAGCCUCUCACUUUUUAUUUAUUGACUGUGUAUAUCAGCUGCUAAAUGCAACAAAAAUCGUCACAUACUCUUAAAAAUAUUCAUAAUUAUGCUGGGAUGCAUGGAUUUCAAUUAAUUUGGUAAUACUGUUGUAUGUUCCUUGCUGUGUUGUACAGUUCCCUACCAGUAUUUGAGGCAUUUCAGUGUUCAUCUAAAUUAUUUCAUUGCUUGGUGCUUAUGCAUUACAUUUAUAAUGAAGUAAUUGUUUUGUGUUGGUUUGUACAUAUUUUCAUCAUGAAACCAUAGAAAUGUAGAGAACCUUUCUUAUUGGUGAUGUUUGGAUUACAUCUGUGUUGAUGGAAAUAGCAGAUGAUACUUCAUUUUUUCGCAAACUAUAUGAUUAAUUAGGACAAAGGAACUACCUUGUAUUUGUAAUAUUUUAUUCUGAUCUUAAACCUGCUUCCCGGAAAUAUUUGUAUAUAGGUAUAACAUUUUUUAUUUCAACAAGAGUACUUUCUAUAACAACUUGGUAAAAUGAAAUCAUGUUGGCAAUA